CUCGAUAUUUGUGAGGCUAGACAUGUAAAAUAUGCACAUCUAUCUAUCUAUCUAUCUAUCUAUCUUAAUGGUAUAUUGAAAAGUCGGACACCUUUUUGAAUGAGAGACUUGACUCUUAAAUGUGUUUAAUUGAUGUUGAAAUUUGAUUUAUUAGAAUAUUGUUUGCAAAAAUCUACCAAUACGUAGUAGAUUUUGUAAACUAUACUAUAAUAUAUAUAUAUAAGAUCUGAGUUUUCAAUUUUAAUAUUGCAAACAAUUCCUUCCAGUAUUUUCCAAACAUAAAUUGUUGUUUGAUGUGUCUUAAUCGCUGGAAGUAAUUUAAUUCAUUUUCACAUGCUAUGUUACGAAUAAAGGAUCGCUGCACCUUCUCAAUUAUGGCAAUUUGUCUAUUGAUAAAGACAGUCAAAUAAAACGAGACCUGUACCGGCAAAAAGUACACUUUCGAUUAUGCAGAGACUUUGAAACAUUGUUCAAGUACUAUAACAUAUUUUUCCUUGCGAUAUGGAAUUUGCAUUUAAUACAAUCAAAACUCCGUUUUGUUUCAUGUAAAAGAUGACAGAAAAUACAGCAGCAGUGUUUGGAAAUUAUGGUGAUUAUUCCAAAAGUAAAGUCAAAUUGAAAAAGAAUCCUCAUUAUUAUCCUUCCUUGUCAAAAUACAGUGACCAAAAGACUAGAUUAAAUCCACAUUUUAUUGAUAAGCCUGCCAAUGUUGAUUAUGGUAAUCCAACUGAACAAAACAAAGAUCCUUCCUUUGAAACAGAUGACCAAUUUAUUAGUUUGAUAGAACUUGAUGGCAAAUCAGAUAGAACUACAUUUGUAGAGGAUAUAUCCAAUUCAACAAAGUAUAACGAGUCAUGGCCGAAUAUUGAACAAGUUUCCUCUUUUGAAAGUCCAUUUUUUGAAAGUUUUUCUGAUGGAAUAUCAACAGUAAGAGCUGUUGGAGAUUUUGGCACACAAAAAGAUGUUGAAAAUGAAAACGAAGGAACAUUGGCAAAGUAUGUUCAAAGAUUUCGAGAACAGCCACCUCAAUCACGACAGGAAAGACAGGGAAAUGCAUCGGAUCAAUUUUGGUGGACGCUAUCUUCACCAAGUAACGCUAGUACACCUAAAACCUUUGGAUCUGACAUCACAAGUGAUGCUUCCAAUGUAACAAGUGGCGUUGAAACACCGGUUAAAUCUAACAAGCACAGGAUACAAAAGCACAAGAAUGGUCAUUUGUUUCGUAGAGAUGAAGAAACAGAGAGUGAAACAAAUCGAAUUCAACUUCGCGCUAAUAAACUGUUAGAAAUGAGUGAAAGCACGUUGAACAGUAGUUAUUCGAGUCUUUCGCAAGGUUGUAAACAAUCAGCUAAUAAGUAUCGCACGUUAGUUUCAGAUUACAAGAAGAAAACAGCUGACAAUGCUAAAAAUUCUUCAUUAAGUUCUCUCACUUUAACAAGUCAGUUUACUGAAUCGCAGCAAGACAGGCAAAAUAAAGAUGUGGGAAGUCCAUUGAGGCCUGAAGACGAUAUCUUGCAGCAAUGGAGACUGGCGAGAAAAAUGGAACUUGCCUCCUUGGAUGCUGAGAAGAAGACUAAUGCUUUUCUCGAGCGGAAAGUUUCCUUAAAUUUCAUGCAACGUAGAAAUAAUUCAAAAAAUAAUGAAGAUAUCAAAACUUUUAAUGAUGCAGCUUCUGAAAAUAUUCAGAACACCAACGAACGUAAUCCUGUCAAUGCGAUGACGAAACAAUGCUGUGACAGUAAUCGUUUACUUAUUAGUUCUUGUAAAGAAAACAUCAGCAAGGAGGAACAUGAAAAUUCUAAUCAGGUUCCACAAAGAAUCUUAAAUAAUUGUCAAUGCAGACAGGAAAAUAUUCAUAUAAGAGAGACGCAAGAAAAAACUAUGGUAGAUAAUAAUGUUGUUUGUGUGUUUCAUGAUACUAGUGCUCCAUCACCGAGUACAUGUACUAAGUGCUUUUGUAAUCACAGAAAUAAAAGGGAUGUUAAAAAUUGUGGUGAUAGAUCUCCUACGGAGAGGUCAAUGCAUCAAUUCUUUUGUAGCGUAGAAGAUCGACAGAGAAGGUGCAAAAAGAGCUUAUCAAAGGGUAAUAGUAAUAAUGACAUUCCUUUGCAGAAAAAGCAUGACAAAUUUUGUAAAGACAAGUGCUCAGACAGAAUCAACUCUCCUGAUGUUCAUAAAGGAAGUGACGUAUUACCGUGUGUACAUAGGGGUGUUCAACCAGCGUUAGUGAACACGCAUUGUUCCAGUAGAAAUAAUGAAGGUAGACGCAUAUCCAGUGAACUUUCUAAAACAUCCACCGAUCCAAAAUCUUCCAAAUGUAAAAAUAGCACGCUGAAACCAACUAUUAAAAAGGUUAUCUCUCAUCAUUUGUUCGCUGCUGAGGAGCCUAUACCAGACUCUGAAAGCGAUUUGACGAUUAUAUCAAAUAGUGACAAUUCCUCACCAAAUAAUCACGACAAACCAAACAUGAAUGAACUACAGGCAAGUGACGUAACAGAGGAAAAACCAGUACUUGAACAUCAUAAGGAUAGAACUGCAAGAAAUAGUGAAGGGAAGAAUAUGUCACAUAUUGAAGAACCAGACAUAGAAGCAGAAGCAGAAGUAAACAUGUCAACAAUGUUAGAUGUGUCUUCUUCAGAAGAAGAAUUCGAAUCAGAUGAAAUAUUAAGAGAAUUACGAAACCGUCGAAAUAUUAACAAAUCAAAAUUAAGAUCUGUGGAAGACGCGCUGAAGAAAUUUAUUGUAGUAAAAUAAUGUUUGAAAAAUAAAUAAUUUAUUUUGAUGUUCAACAACUUUUGUUUUGUUUAGUGGACACUUGUAUAUAAAACGAAACCAGCAAAUUUAACAAGAUAAGUAAGCGAACGUAAAUGUAAAAUUGAUUUUGUUUGCAUGUUUAAAAAAAUUUACUCCAUCGCAAAGGUUAAAUAAAUUUGUUUUUAAAACUUCUUGAGUACUUUUUGCUCCAACUUCCAUGUGAAAUGGCCGAAGAUUCAAUAACAUAUUGUAGCAAUUCUGACUUCAUUACAACUUGUUUCCCCUUUUAUCCGCCAUUAUGUUUCUUACCAACUAUCCGCGCUAAUGAAGAAAAAGUU